GCCAGGAACGCAUUUCGCUACAAUGGUCUGAUUCACAAGAAAACAGUUGGUGUUGAGCCUGCUGCUCAUGAAAAGUGUGCUGGUCUUCGCAAACCUGCUUCAUCGUAUGAGAAGAUCAUAAUUAACAAAAUCUCCUGUGCCACCCUCAGCAGCUUGCGCCACAUUAUCCGCAAGGAUAACUACAGGAGGGAUCUUCAUAUGACGGCUCUUCGUCAUGCCAGUGCUAUCCUGAAGUCAGAAGCCAGUUGUGGUGAAAAAGAAGCACACUCGGGCUGCCAAGACUGCUUAACUUUCUAG